AUGAUGGAUGUUCCAAGGCAUGACACAAGAACUAGACUAGUCCUAGUCACUCAGAAACUCGAUGAAAUCGCAAUUUACGGAAUGUAUGCAUAUAUCAGGAAUGUGCUCGUGGUAAGAAUGGUGUUCGUUUCCGGCACUAAGGUUAAGAUCGUCAAAAAGAAAGUCACCAAGUUCAAGAGGCAUGAGUCAGAAAGAUACCACCGCCUGAAGCCUAACUGGCGUAAGCCAAAGGGUAUUGAUAACCGUGUUCGUCGACGAUUCCGUGGUAUGCGCGCCAUGCCCACUAUCGGUUUCGGAUCAGACAAAAGAACCAAAUUCGUACUUCCAUGUGGCUACAAGAAGGUCUUGGUCAGAAAUGUCAAGGAUCUCGAUAUGCUUCUAAUGCAGUCAUUCCGAUACAUUGAGCGUGCUGCUCAGUUGAACAUCAAGUUGACCAAUGGUCAUGCUCGUAUUCGCACUGAGGAGAGCGAGUAA